UCCUUUUCCCUGCCUUAAAAUCGCUGUCCCGGAAAUAGCAAUUUCAGUUUCAAACAACACGACAGCUAGCUAUUCGCACAGGUGGGAGUUUUCACAAGAGAAUCGCUGUGUGAUCAUAUACUCAGGACGAAUGUGAUUCAUAUUCUGAUUGCAUUUUACGCCUGGCAGAUUCUGUUUUUCGUUUUGUUGCUCCAGCUUCUGCAAAUCGGACCUCUUUUUAGCUCGCGAUUAUUCUCUCAUUUGAUCCCGACGUCGCCGACAUAUUUAUUGCCUCUGAAGUUGCAUGGCGAAUCUGCAGUCCAGUGAGGGUCCAAGUGCGAGUGAUGUGUCUGAUCAAAGUUCCGAGUCAACUCUUCAGCUGAAUAUCAAGACCCUGGAUUCCAGGAUUUUCAGCUUCUAUGUUGAUAAGAAUAUUGUGAUCUCUGCAUUCAAGGAGAAAAUAGCUAGUGAAAUUGGUGUUCCCGUCGGGCAGCAGCGUCUCAUUUUCAGGGGCAAGGUCUUGAAAGAUGAUCACCUUCUUUCUGAAUAUAUUAUUACACUCAAUAAUCUUUACUGUGUCUACCUUAACAAAAUAACAUAUGUGGAAAAUGGGGACACAUUACAUUUAGUUGAAAGGCAGCAAUCUCCUGGCUCCAACAGCGGAGAAGCUACUUCAAGUGAUGGUAACAGAGGACAGGAUUCCAAUGCUGGUGGCCCACACAAUCAGAUUGGGCAAAUCGCCCCCAGUGUAGCAUUAGGGGCCUUAAAUGUUGGAGAUGCAGGGGAGGCUGUUAUACCGGAUCUAAGUCGGGUCAUUGGGGCAGUACUGAACUCAAUAAGCAUAGCCAACAUGCCAGGAGGCAUGCACCCUCGUCUUCUGAUUUCUCAUGGAAAUGAAACAGAAGGGUCACAGGUAAAUGCUGGCAGUCAAAGUCACCGUGAAAAUCAAUCUGUCCCCUGGCAAGCCUUACAUGGUCAAUCUGCAUCCUAUCCUGUGCAAACCACAAAUGGAUCAGCAAUUUCCAUCCCAUCGUUGGACAUGCCAAUUCCUGAUUCGCUGAACACGAUUUCCGACUUUAUGAACCGAAUGCAAUUGGCAUUUCCACAAAAUGGUAUAAAAUUAGUCCUCUCAAGUUUUGUUGUUGUGACAUAUCUAUCACCAAGUGCUAGUGGUGGUGCAGCCACCAGUGAAUUGCCUACAAAUUCAGGUGGUUAUCCGACUGUCGAGGCUCUAACCUGUGUUCUGCAACACGCGCAGCGUCUUCUUCAUGACCAUGCCAUUCCAGCAUUAUGUCGCACUGCAGGUCGUUUAGAGCAAGAGGGAGGUUCAAGUGAUCCUGCUGUAAGGGGCCAAGUUCAAACAGAAGCUGUGCAAUUAGGUGUUGCAAUGCAACAUUUAGGUGCACUUCUGCUAGAGUUGGGGAGGACAACUUUGACUCUACGCUUGGGACAAUCUCCUGGUGAGUCUUUUGUGAACGCUGGGCCUGCUGUUUAUAUAUCUUCAUCAGGGCCUAAUCCAAUUAUGGUUCAGCCUUUUCCUCUUCAAACUAGCUCUCUUUUUGGUGGUUCAUCUAGUGUCGAGCUGAAUCCUGUGGCUAUCAGUCCAGUGGGUGUUGGUAAUGUUCCAAGAAAUGUAAAUAUUCAUAUUCAUACUGGGGCAUCACUUGCGUCUAUUGUUUCAACAGCGGGCAACAGGGCACCAAAUGUAGAAGAAGUGCAAGGAGCACGAGUUGGUGGAACUGAAUCUGGUGAAAUCGGUGCCCCACUUAGAAGUCUAGCCACUAACUGGCAGAAUGAAGGCCAUGCAGAGUCAGAGUGUUCAGCCAACCAAGAGCAACUUGGCCGCAGUAGAGGAGAUGAUACAAGAAGUCACCAGAGGAGUUUGUCCAGCAGCAGGAUUGGUGAAAGUGAAACCAGUCAAACUUUACCUCAUGUCACUAUCAUGGAUGAUCAGAAGGCACAAACUGAACCUUCUAUCAGGUCUAAGAGCGAUCCUUAUAGCAGGCCAAUUACAUCUAAGCAUGUUGAAAGCCUCGAGGGGCUGUCAAGAUCCAAUCAAGGUAAUGAUAAUCUAGAUGGAUCUUCAGGCAUCCCUCUUGGGUUGGGACUGGGAGGCCUUCAGCCUAAGAGUCAAGAUAGGCAGCCUAGAGCACAAGCCAAGAAUAGUGAUGCUGCAAGUUCUAGCACUCAGAAGCAGAAACCUGGAUCAGUUGGAAAACAGGUUUUGCAAUCUCGGGCAUCACUUUCAACAAGGGGAGAUGCAAAUCCUCCAUAUUUGGGACGACCUUCAGACAUUGCCCGAGGAGCCACCGGGAGUGCUCCUACAGCAAAGCGAAAUGCUUAUGGCCAUGAUGAUGUAUCAGAUGCAAUGUCUCAAUUUCUGCAUAAUCCUUCCCUGGAUGAUCUAUUGGCUGGGGUUUCACAGCAAACUGGGGUUGGUUCCCCAGACAUGUUGAGAAAUAUGUUGCAACAAUUUACUCAAAAUCCUGCAAUGAGGGGUACGGUGAAUCAGCUUGCUCAGCAGAUUGACAGCCACGACCUCGGAAGCAUGUUUUCAGGUUUGGACAAUAGCGGCCAGGGUGGGGGUGUUGAUCUGUCUAGAAUGAUGCAACAAAUGAUGCCCAUAGUCUCCCAAGCUUUAGGAGAUAUAUCAUCUGUUUCUCAAUUAAAUCCUUCUUCAGGACCAGCGUUCCCAGGAAGUAGUUCAAGAAGAAAUUCAAGAACAACUAAUGACCACCCUCAGCAGAUUGAUCUUCGUCAAGUGGUUCAGAGGCUUGAAGACCAAUGCUCAUCUGAGGAGAUCUUUUGCUCUCUGGUUGACAGGGCAGCCCAACUUUCUUGUGGUGGUCGUGCGGAUGAACGCAUUGUAAACCAAUUGUGCAGUGGCCAGCUGUCAGAGGAGUUCAUGGAGAUGCUCCAUCAUGAUAUAUCCCAGAGACUUCAUGCUGAAAUGGGAUCCUAGGAGCAGUGUCCUUCCUGUAGCUUGACUUACAAUAUGUUUUUGUUUACUUCAAGUGGUCCAGUUAGCAGUACCACCGUUUUGUUUCACCCUUGCAAUAGGCCUGUACAUGGGUAAGUAAUAUCCUACCCAUAGGCCAUACCCUGACUAACAGGGUAGGAUGUUAUGAAAAGCAGACGGCCUUAAACUAUUUCAUGAGGUAGGAUUUAAACAUCAAUAAUUCCAACAGAUUACAAUCAAAUAUUAAUGCACGAUGUAGCUCAUUCUUGGAUUAGACUUCCCAAGUUCUUGCUGAUGA